UGGAACAAGAUAACCAGUUUUCUUCCAAGAGGCAGCUCAAAUACACAGUAAUUCCACAGAGGAUUCAGCGAGAUGGACUGAGUGCCGGCACACAGCAGUGGAGACUGAGAGCAUUGCUCCAGCUAACAGAAAGGGCCACAGCGCAGUAGUGUACAAUUCCAGCAUGUACAUCUAUGGGGGAUACUUCGACAUCAAAGGGAUUUCACAAGAGUUUUGGGCUUUACGUUUUGAUACAGGAGAGUGGUCACAGGUAUCUCCACAGUCUUGUGACACUGGUCCAGGACCCCGGCAUGGUCACUCAGCUGUGGUUUAUGGCACAGGCAUGUACCUGUUUGGCGGACUGAUGGGGCUGAGUGAACAGAGGGACCUAUGGAAGUGGGACUUUACAAGCUGCAAGUGGUCGACUAUCAGAACAAGCCAAGGACCUCCAAAAGUGGUGGGACACUCUUCUGUGGUCUUCCAAGACUCCAUGCUGACUUUUGGUGGAGGGAUUUCAAAUUCUAGGCCUAACAGCAGCCUGUGGAAGUACCAUUUCAGUUCCCAGACGUGGGAAAAACUGGCUAGUACAACAGAGGUAAUUCUUUCUUCUAAAAGGUAUCACCGCAUCCUGGGAAUUGGUGUUGGUUUCCAGCUGACGCCAGGUUUCUCUAGGGCAUCCCACAUCAAUCGCUGGUGUCCAAAGGGGAAAGAGCCUCAAAAGUCGCCGGCAGUCUCGAAGCAGCGUGCCCAUUUUCACGGCUACUUCCGCCAGCAGCAUGUACGCCAACCAUUCAGCAACGAUGGUGGCACCGAGAUAGAAAUGAAAACCUUUAGCCAGCCUCUGGAGCCACUGGGCUUUUGCUCAUUCCAAACCUCUUCAGACGCAGAGCUGUGCGCAGACAAAGCACAGAGCAUAUUUUCCAAAAAUGAGCAUCCCUCCCAUCGCAGCUCUUCCAAAGAACAAGCUCUCACUGCCGCUGAAGUUACAAAAAACAGGAGAGGAACUGACUGUUGGCCUGAGAGACCUACAAGCGUGGCAGUUACCAACCAUCCUGAUACGCUGCUCCUGAUUGGGGGCAAGCCUCUGUCCAGUCUCUGUGAAAUCUCACUCUGGCAAAUGGAGCUGAACAGCAUUUAAAUGACCUACACAUACGGAGGGAGAAGAGAGCCAUUUCCACCUGCUUCUCAGCAGAACUACCAAGGAAGUAUUCUAUCCAAUGGCCUACUGCACAUUCUGGAUGAAAAAUAGUCUUCCUAAUACCUGACCUGAACUUCUUUUUAUACAGUCUCUGUUCAUGCUCCUGGUUUUAUGCGGUGGAGAGACUCCUACCCAGAUGCUUGUGGGAUCCUCUUUUAACCCAAAAUUACAGUAGAUCUCCUUGCAACCCUCUCCCUGAGGGGAACCUGUUGAGCUCCUAAUUCCACCCUUCUCUAUAGUUGCCUUGUCUUCUGGCCACUUUCUAAGUCUUUUUUUAAGUUGGUGGCCAAUUCUGUGUACAGAUCAUGGAACCCUUUAGGUUAGAAGGGUCAUAGAAUCCUAGUGCGUCCUUCUAGGCCUUACAAGCACUAUUUAUAGAGUAAAAUGUGCCAGUUCUACCUUGACUCACACCCAGGCAACCCCAUCAACAUCAACACAAUGUAUAUUGGGACAAAAGUUGGUCCUCUUGAUAAAUUAAGAUUAUGGUAUUGGUUAAUACAUCCAAAUAAUGUUCAAAAUUAUGCAUUUAAAAUGCUACUGCCACAAUAUAUUUGAUUCAUUUAGGGGACAGAUUGCAGGUGGCGAACACAGGUCAGUGCAGACAAGUGUCCAAGAAUCAGACUUGAACAAAGGAAGAACGUAUUGUGAAAGGUGUGUUAAUGGCUACCGUGAGCAAGUCUGUGAUCUGUAAACAAUCACAGACCAGGUUAAAGCUCAUGCAUGUUACUUUCAGGAGCAAUUAAAUCCUUCUUUAUGUAAUGAUAGCUAGAAGCAAUAGGAGAAGAGUGCAUAAGGCACUGGGCCAUAUGGCAAAGUCUGAGCAGGUCUGAGGGUUUCCCAAGGGGCCCUCUUGCAAACACAGAGGCUAGAAGAUUGUUUGGCAAGCUGUGUAUGUGUUCAAAAAGAAAGUGAGGAGAGUGCAAGGGAAGCAGUUGUGAAGAUGGCCCAGAGAGGGAGGAGAGACAGAGCUUGCUGCAGAGGAAGACUUGGAAAAUGUUAAUAAAAAACUGCCUGUUUAUUUCUACUGCGUCCAGGGAAACAGGACUGUGUGUUCAGUCUCUGUAGUGAAACAAGACUGCAUCAAAAAAUAUCCCUGACUCAUAUUACCAAUUUAUCCUUCUAACUGAAACAAACCUCCAAGGUCCUGAAUACUGGCUCAUCGUCUGGGCCAAGCGAGCAGCAGUAUUAUGCUAUUUAAAUGGAAGAUUUGGGGUUUUUGAAACAGAAAUAGACCAGCAUACAGCAGCCAUAAAAUGAGCAAAUGAGGUCUUGAGUUGUAUUAAACACAGGGACUGAAGAUAACACCAAAGGAGUUAUAUUGUUCGGCCCUGGUGGUACGUGGACCCCAGUUGACUGCUUUGUGCUAUACUGAUCACCAAGCUGCAGGAAGCAUAUGUGGCCAUAGAGAAGGUAUAACAUAGUGCUGCAAGAUAGAUCCUAGGACCGAGGACAUGAUAAAAGGCUUGGACAUUUUCUUACUGGAAAAAGAGAGCUUUUAAGUGAGCUUUUUGGUUGAACAAAACUGACUCAGAAACUGUUCAUGCUGACAGAGCUCAAAAAUUGGGGCCAGAGUCAAGGGGAAAUGCCACUUCCUUUCUAAUUUCUGCUUUAAUCCUUUAGCUCUGUCAUUUUUAAAAACUGUUUUCACAUGCCUUAAAAUAGCAAAGUGCAUAUCACACGUUUCUCCUCUAAAGUGAGUGCAAAGAAAAAAAAGAGCAUCUCCAUAGAACUCAGUUGUGGCUCUCCUGCAAAUGCUGGGAAAAGUUGAAAGGUAAAAGUACUGAAUUUACAUACACAACUUAUUCCAAAAGUUUUUGGCUGGAUGCUGCCAUCUCAUGGCCUGAUCCUGAAGAGUCUGGAGCACCCUCAAUUGCCACUGAAGUCAAGGGGGACUCAGGAUAUUCAGCACUUUUCAGGAGGUUCAGAACCUGGCAAGUUCAGGGUAUUUUUCCCAAUUUCAUGACGUUUUUAAUAAUGUAUUUUUAUGACCCCUGGAUGUGUAACUUGUAACAAAGGUCAAAUAUAGCAUAAAUGAACGAGGUGCAGAUAUAUGGCAAAAGUGUUUGGGCCCUAAUUUUAUUUAGGAUUUAUUUUAGUAUGUUUAAAAAAAUCCCCCUCCAUCUAGUUUCAUUAACUAGAUGUGUCACUUCUUAAAAUUGUCACAAAACUUCUGCCUGUAUUUGUCAGCCUGGCCCACAGAGCUAUUUGAUAUUUCCAUAUAAAUUAACUACGGAGUUAUUUAACUUAAUGGUUAAUCUUUAGCUUUGCUUAUUACUGAAGUCAAACUUUUAAUGAUACUGGUAGCAGUGUUAUCUUAAUACCACGUACUUAACCCAAAUACUGGUUUGAGCAGGGUAAUAACCAUGGAAUUAUUUCAGACUGCUGUGAAGGCAGCUGGGAUGUACAUUAAUUCCUGCAUCUGGAAAAGGAACACUUGUAACCACACCAUCAGAGUACAGUAGUACCUCAGAGUUGCAAACACCUCAGGAAUGGAAGUUGUUUGUAACUCUGAACAAAACAUUAUGGCUGUUCUUUCAGAAGUUUACAACUGAACAAUGAUUUAAUACAGUUUGAAACUUUACUAUGCAGAAGACAAAUGCUGCUUUCCCUUUAUUUUUUUAGUAGUUUGUUUAACACAGUACUGCACUUGCUUUUUUUUUUGGUCUGCUGGUGCCUGAUUAUGUACUUUCGGUUCCAAACGAGGCAUGUGGUUGAAAGGUCCGUUCAUAACCCUGAGGUUCUACUGUACUAAGCCUGCAUUACUUUUCUACACUCUAAUUCAUGAUUUUCUACAAAGGGUUUUCUAGUCUCAAUCACGGACUUAUUUUCACACAUUAUAAACAUCAAACAAGGAAUCUACCUCUUGACACACAGACACAGGCAUGUUUCCAACCACUGAGUAGAUGGUGGAGGUUCCAGGGGCCUCUAGGAUUGCCCAGACUCACAAAACAGUCUCAAGUCUUCAGUAGAAAUGUAUAUAUAUGCUAUCUUUUGCGUUGGUGUGAAGUGACAGGUUACGGUGCAGGCUCUGACUGAACCCAGCUCCCUAACAAUUGGGCUCAGUGACAUAUCAGAGUUAAGCAUAGGCAGAGCACAGUAAUCUGAAAUCAGAUGCAUGUUUUUAUGUCAGCCAGAGUGAGCUGUAUGGACCGUAUUGACUGGGGGGAAGGAGGAUGUAGCCGCAAAAGGCAGCUGUAGAGCACCCCUAGAUGCCAGCAGAGACUGUUCAUUCACUGGCUGACUUACUUCUAAAUCUUUAAAAAGAAACGUGAUUUGAUACUGGAAGGGAGGUUUUGAAAUUCAAAGAGAUGUGUCACAAUCACUUACAGACAGGAGCUCUCCUCUGCGGGGGCAUCCGAGUGCCUUUUUGCCAUGAAUGUUUGUAUUCCUCGCCUGCUGCCAUAGCAAGCUGCGAACAGCUUGAACUGAGCCCUCAGUAAGCAAUAUUUGCUUUCAGCACUGCAUUACUGUCACUGGAGCAGCUUUCAUUUCAGUGUUUUAGUAACAGUUACUGUAGUUAAUGGCUGCGGUAAUGUUUUCCAGAAACCUUGAAUAGUGUCACCCUUCCCUUGCUUGUUACCUAGUAAGAUUUUCAAUGAAAAUGUUUAUUUCUCAAAGGAGGGGAAAAGUUAGCCGACUUGAACAAAACACUCCAUAACCCCGUUACAGCUGCUCACCCAAUCUAUAUAUGAGUUUGGCAAGGAUUCAGGAACUGUCAUUAGUUUAACUCUGGCCCAAGUUAGUAAUGACCAAAAGUCAUUACCAUCUGGUGGCACGGCAGUGGUCUGUGUGAAAUAAUCAGUGGAUUAGCUCCAGUUAGUAGCUAUCACCACCAUUAGCAUCUUUGUUGGCAAGUCGAGUGAAGGGACUCAUUUCUCCACUAGAGCUGCUCCUUAAGCACAGGGAGCAGGCCAGCAUGGGAGAGGCUUGCAUUGCUGCCAUCUGUCCUGUAUCUCUUCACUGGCUAAACAUACUGUUUUCCAAGGCUUGAAACAUUUCAUAAGCAGCACACUCACUUUACAAAGUGAAAGGGUAUAACCAGACUAUUUGUAUUAACUUCUUCUGGAACUGCAAAUGUAUUGUUAUAGCUUGAAAAGUGAGACUAUUUUAAAGUCUCGUAUAUUUAUAGAAUUAAGAUACAAGAACAAAUCUGUCCUUAUUGAUUUAACAACUUUUUGUAAGACACAGUAAAUCUACAUUAGGUCAGAAUAUUCUGAUUCUUUGUUUACCAUUGGCUACUCCUGAGCAACAGAAGAAACUGUGUUUAUCAAUAUCGAGGGCAGGGCAGUUAGCUGCAAAAUAGACAUUUUAUUGUGAAUGAUAAGAGACAAAAGUAAAUGUACUUUUUCUCAUUCAAUAAAAUUAUGUUAAGUCAAA